UUUCUUUGUUAAUAGAAGUCUCUAUAAGUGCCUUUGCCAGUUCGGAACAGUGACGGUUAAAUUGAUAUACGGAAAAUCGCGGAGAAAAAAUAUACAUUUCGACAGAAAAAUGAAUGAUAAGUCUACUUCCACCAAAAUGGAGAUACUCGAAGAUAUUGCGAAUGAUCCACCGUCUACAUCCAUUAAAGCGGAAAUGCACGAGAAUAUUGUGAUUAAAGAACCAGUGGCUGCCAUUGACACAACGGACAAGAAAGGUCAAAAUUAUAAUACAAGACAGGCAAACAGCUUUGCGGCUAAGAAAACUGUAGCACAGGGUAUGAUGGAUGUCGCACUCAUAACGGCUAAUGCGAAUCAAUUGAGAUAUCUCAUUGAAUAUCAGCGAAAUAGUCCGAUGUUUUAUCUUAUUAUGAUUUUGAUUAUCAUCAGUCUCUUAUUACAGAAUGUUGACAACCAAAGCGUAAACCAUCACUGCAUAAUUUGAAGCUAAGGUUGUUGUAGAGGGUGUCCAAUAAAUCGCCUGCAAUACUUCGGGAGGUGAUUCGGGACCCAAAAAGAAAGAAAAAAGUUACAUAAACAUAAGUCAGGAAAUAAAUCGUUUCCAACCUCGUCAUGAUCAUAAUCUUGAUGUUGUCGAGCUCACGAUCCUGAACAAUAUUCAAAAGAUUUUAGUUAUUGUUGGGACACCUGGGUAAUGCUAGUGCCGACAGUACUGUAACUUUCAAGCUUAUAACUCAACUUAUAACUCAAAAAGUGCUUAAUGAAAAAAUAUUUUAUUAUAGUAUUUUGGAAAGCUCUUAAGAUAAGUUACAUGCAUAGAAUAUGCAAAGAAAAAUGAGUUCCAUUAAAAAAAUUUAUAGUGAUCUUUUCCUAAUCUUGACAACGCCACCCAAGGUCAAACUGAUAAGAUCAGUAAAUAGAUCUUUUUGAACUCUACAACUUUUGUCUGAAACACUUUUAUGUAAAACUUAUAUUUUCCAAGAUAUUCAGGUGUCCCGGAACUUUUUGAACAUUCCGAUAUUAAUUAUUUAAUAUACAAAUAGGUUUCGUAUAAAAGAAAAAAUAAUUUCUUAGUAAAAAUAUUGCAUAUUUGUAUAAUAAUCUCGGCGUUAUUAAGAGGGUCCUUGUAGCAUCUCUAUUACUUGUCAUAUCAUCGUGCCUGAGCGCGCGAAAUGUCAGCUCUGUGAUUAGCCAACUUUAAUCGCUAUUAAUUUAAAAACUAUUAUAAUUUU